AUGAACGGCAGACAUGGUUUAGCCCCCCAAUCUGUGGCACAAGAGUGGCCUGGAUUACCUAUUGGCGUUAAAUUUGAUCCAUCUGAUCAAGAGAUAAGAUGGCACUUGCUUGCAAAAGUUGGUGCUGAAAAUUCAAAGCCUCACCCUUUCAUGAGAUGGUGGGAUAUGUUAUACUCAUCCUCAACAUUUAUCAGUUGGAUAGCUUGA